AAACCAACUAGAGAGAGAGAGAGAGAGAGUUCACUUCACCACUGAUGGCGUCCCAAAUGGCGAUCCUUGCCCGGACCCGAUCCCUGGCCAAAACCCUAAACGCAAACCCCACCUUCUUCAAAACCAUCACCACCUUCUCAUUUCUCUCUCAGGAGCCCCAACUCGCCGCCGAGCCCACUCAGCCGGCGGCCCCCGAGGUCCCGCUCCCUCCCAACCCCACCUCAUACCCCGAAAACUGGCGCACUCCGCCGUCCUCCGCCGCGUCGGCUCAGUCUCUGCUCCCCCUAGGGUUCCUCCAGCAAUCCCCGAGCUUCCAAAUCCAGUCCCUCUCGCAGGACCUGGACUCGCAGGGACUGCUCAACGUCUUCGCCGAUUGGAUGACGUCACAGAAGUGGACGCAGAUGAAGCAGCUGUUUGAGCUCUGGAUAAGGUCGCUGGACAAGAACGGCAAGCCCAAUAAGCCCGAUGUGAGCUCUUAUAAUCACUACCUCAGGGCCAAUCUCAUGAGCGGAGCCUCGCCGGCGGAGAUGCUGGAUCUGGUGGCCAGCAUGGAGGACCACGGCGUCGAGCCCAACACGGCGUCGUUUAAUCUCGUCCUCAAGGCUAUGCACGGCGGCAAAGAGUCCGAAGCCGCCGAGAAAUUGCUCCAACGGAUGUUGCAGACAGGCAAUGUAGCACCGCCUGACGAUGAGUCCUACAACAUAGUUGUGAGCUUGCUCUUGCAAUCGCACAGAGUUGAUGCGGCUUUGAAGUAUAUAGAUUUGACUUUAAAGUCUGGUUAUAUGGUGUCAAUGCAAGUGUUCAAAGAUUGUGUACAGGGAUGCGUCAAUACGGGGAGGCUAGAUAGUUUGGUUUCGAUAAUUGACAAGUGCAAGUCAAUGGAUCAGAACAAAGCUCUUUGUCCGCCCUGGAACUUGUGCAACUAUAUUGCGGACGUGGCUUUGCAGGCGGAUAAUAGCAAGUUGGCAGUUCAUGCCCUGAAAUUUAUGGCCAAUUGGAUUGCUCGAGGUGAGCAAUCAAGGCCGGCUAUUUAUCUUUCUGUAGAUGAAGGAUUGCUUCUGUCAGCACUUGCAACUGCUGGCAGGACAUAUAGUAGUACUUUAGUGGAUGCGUCAUGGGCAAUCUUACUACGCUCAUUGCGACAAAAGAAGGUCCCUAAUCCUGAAUCUUACCUUGCAAAGAUAUCUGCCCUUGCGUCGCUGGGGGAGCUGGAGAGAGCUUUUAUUACUCUUCGUGAAUUUGAGACUACUUAUGCUAAUUCCAGUAAAGAAGUAGAAGAGGAGCUGUUCUCUCCAUUCACCUCUUUAUAUCCAUUGGUUGUGGCAUGCUCCAAGACUGGUUUUGAAACUUUGGACUUGGUGUAUUUUCAGUUAGAGAGUUUGAGCCGUGCAGACCCUCCUUACAAGUCUGUUGCUGCUUUGAAUUGUAUUGUAUUAGGUUGUGCAAAUAUCUGGGACCUUGACCGUGCUUACCAAACUUUCGAGGCAAUUAGUUCCACCUUUGGAUUGACCCCUGAUAUUCAUUCAUACAAUGCUCUUAUGCAUGCUUUUGGGAAGCUGAAGAAGACUUCGGAAGCUGCAAGAGUAUUUGAACACUUGGUGAGUUUGGGUGUCAGACCCAAUGCAAUGUCAUAUUCGUUACUUGUAGAUGCUCAUCUCAUCAACAGAGAUCCAAAAGCUGCCCUCUCCGUAAUCAAGGAAAUGGUAAAUUCUGGGUUUGAACCUUCAAAAGAAACGCUAAAAAAGGUCAAGAGACGAUGUAUGCGAGAGAUGGACUAUGAGAGUGAUGAUCUCGUGGAAGAUUUUGCCAAAAGGUUCAACCUUCGAAUGGAUGGAGAGGCUCGCAGAAACAGAUUGUUUGAACUUAAUUAUAGCACUGGAUAUGCAUAAUAGUAAUAGGUCUGCUUCGCCUUGAUUUGGAAAAUCUGACACAACAUGAGAUUCAGCUCCCUCUCGCAAUGCAACUUUCAUCCGUAUUUGUAUAUUACUGUGUGCGCUCAAUUUUGAGUCUUGGGCAGGAUGAAUGCUAGGAUAAUAGUUUUAUUCAAUCUUCCGUCUUCUGUAUUCUUUUUGUGCUUUUUUGAGGAAAACUAAAAGAGCUGUAGAUUGUUAGACGACAGAAAAUAUUUUAGGUUGCUAAUAAUUAUGGGAUGAUGAUGUCUCAUUUUUUUCUUUA